AUGGAGACUGAAACUAAUUUUGCAGAGGCUCAGGUAGAAAAUGUUGUUAGCAAAAGUCAGACUGGGUUACUGAUUAAUGGUAAUGGUCUAAAGGACCUUGAUCAUCCUGAUUCAGUUAUGGGGGAGAAUGACAAGAGAGUUGCCUUACAAGAUGGAAUGGAAGUGGAGCAAUCUUUGAAUACAGAUAUGGAUAGUACCAUGCAAGAUUUCUCCAUGAAUAUCUUAACCUGGAACUGCAGAGGUGCUGCCAAGAAGCAAUUCAAGAGUACCUUCAGCAGGUUUCGAAGGAAGUUUGGGGUUGGGGUUGCUGCUAUAUUGGAGCCUAGAGUAAGUGGGAAUAAAGCUCUGAAUAUUAUUCGGAGAUUGGGGUUCUCAAACUUUAUUAUUUCUGAUGCUAUUGGGUAUUCGGGUGGUAUUUGGGUUGUUUGGGACCCGGGUGAUGUGAAUGUUACUCUUAUUAGGAAACAAAAUCAAUUCAUCCAUGUUUGGGUUGAAUUUCCUGGUAAGGCUGGUUUCUUUUGGACAGCAGUUUAUGCUAGUCCUCAAGAGGAAAAUAGAAGACUGUUGUGGGAAGAGCUUAAGCACAUUGGGAGGACUAUGAAUGAGCCUUGGAUGCUGACAGGUGAUUUCAAUGAAAUAGUUUCUGGUGCUGAGAAGAAAAGAGGAUGUCCAGUUGAUACCAAUAGAUGCAAGCUGUUUAGUGAGGUUCUGGAUGCUUGUGGGGUAAUGGACUUGGGAGGUGGUGGUUAUAGAUUUACUUGGAAAGGGCCUAAAUUCCCUUAUUUGGAUAGAGUUUACAAAAGGCUUGACAGAGCAGUUUCAAAUGAAUUGUGGAGAACUAGAUUUGAAGAUGCUGAUGCUCUGAAUCUUCCUAGGAUUUUUUCUGAUCACUGUCCAGUUUUGGUGAGAAUGGAAAAAGACUGGAAUAAAAAUGUCUUUGGAUUCAUCUUGCUUAGAAAGAAUAGGGUCCUUGCUCGAUUAGAAGGAAUUCAGAGGCAGAUGUGUUUCCAUAAUAGCUAUCAUUUGGAGGAUCUGGAAGCUAAGCUACUCAAAGAAUUAUCUGAGAUUCUGGACCAAGAAGAACAGAUUUGGCACCAGAAAUCUAGGGGGAGUGGAUUAAAGGGGGUGACAGAAACACAAGGCUCUAUCACACCAGAAGAUCUGAAUGACGCAGUAUGGCAUCAAUCUGUCUACUCAUGGCCAACUAUCAGUGAGGAGGAUAUGAGUCUGCUGUCUCUGGAUAUUUCGGUUGAGGAAGUCAGAAAGGCCUUUUUCCAAACGGCCCCUCUAAAAACUCCAGGAUUGGAUGGAUUUCCUGCUCUGUUCUAUCACAGGAAUUGGGAUUUGAUUAAAGAUCAAGUGUUCAACAUCAUGAAGUAG